AUGUCAGCGCCUAUCCCACUCUCUCCACCCGCCCCCUCCUCACACGUACCCGCCAUGCCCCGCAGGGAGCUGUUGGAUCGCUUCACACCGGAGCAGAUGAACCGCUACGAGGCGUAUCGACGGUCAGGAUUCAAGCAGGCCAGCAUGCGACGGCUGGUGCACGGGGUGGCGGGAGCCACAGUGAGUCCGCAGCUGGGCAUUGUGAUGUCGGGCGUGGCCAAGCUCAUGGUGGGCGAGCUUGUGGAGACGGCCCGGCUGGUGAUGGGCGAGAGGGGCGAUGAGGGGCCCAUCAGGCCCACGCACAUCCGUGAGGCGUAUCGACGGCUCAAGAUGGAGAAGAGGGUGCCCGUUCGAUCUCGACCGCCACUUUUCCGGUGA